UUCUCAGGCGGUUCGCAUGUGCCACGGGGGAUUCACACGUUCGAUCGGUCGGGUUCCGCGUCGUUCCGGGCAUCGGACUUAGUGGCGCCGCCAUGGACUCAGAUUCUAGUGAAUAAAGAAAAUAACUCGAAAUACUGAUUUUGUGAGUGCCAAAACAAAGAUAUAGCGAGAAUAUACCGCGAAAUGAGUGCAAAUCUAUUUUGAAUGGUGUGCAAUUAAAGGAAGCCGAACGAGAAUACUUGACAAAAUGCAUUUGUGCGAGAUGCGUGGCAUACCGCGGCAUUUAGCCAGCGAAAGCAAAAGCGAAAUUAAGAUUAAAAAUAAAAAUAAAAAUAAAAAUGAAAAUAAAAGCAGCAGCGAGAUCAAACGCCGACACAGAAACAAUCGAAGCGUUGGGGACCGGCUAAAAAUAAUCAAAGUCGAUCGGAGUCGACGGGCGAUAUGCAUAUUCCCACUGAUGCUGCUCCUCUCGGGAUUAAAUGGAUUAACACAAGUUGCAGCGCUCAAGGGUGAAAAUCCACGAAUCAUCGAGCAUCCCAUGGACACGACGGUGCCAAAAAAUGAUCCAUUCACGUUUAAUUGCCAGGCCGAGGGCAAUCCAACACCAACCAUCCAGUGGUUUAAGGACGGCCGCGAACUGAAGACGGAUACGGGUUCGCAUCGCAUAAUGCUGCCCGCCGGUGGUUUAUUCUUUCUCAAGGUCAUCCACUCACGGAGGGAGAGCGAUGCGGGCACUUACUGGUGCCAGGCCAAAAACGAGUUUGGUGUGGCCCGCUCCCGGAAUGCAACGUUGCAAGUGGCAUUUCUCCGCGACGAAUUUCGCUUGGAGCCGGCCAAUACCCGCGUGGCCCAAGGCGAAGUGGCCCUGAUGGAGUGCGGCGCCCCCCGAGGAUCUCCGGAGCCGCAGAUCUCGUGGCGCAAGAAUGGACAGACCCUCAAUCUGGCCAACAACAAGCGGAUCCGCAUCGUCGACGGCGGCAACCUGGCCAUCCAAGAGGCCCGGCAAUCGGAUGAUGGAAGGUACCAGUGUGUGGUGAAGAAUGUGGUCGGCACCAGGGAGUCAGCCACUGCCUUCCUGAAGGUUCAUGUUCGCCCCUUCCUCAUCCGAGGACCCCAGAAUCAGACGGCUGUCGUGGGCAGCUCGGUGGUCUUCCAGUGCCGCAUCGGAGGCGAUCCCCUGCCCGACGUCCUGUGGCGACGCACUGCCUCCGGCGGCAAUAUGCCACUGCGUCGUGUGCACGUACUUGAGGACCGCAGUCUGAAGCUGGACGACGUCACUCUGGAGGACAUGGGCGAGUACAGUUGCGAGGCGGACAAUGCGGUGGGCGGCAUCACGGCCACGGGCAUCCUCACCGUUCACGCACCCCCUAAAUUUGUGAUACGCCCCAAAAAUCAACUGGUGGAGAUCGGUGAUGAAGUGCUGUUCGAGUGCCAGGCCAACGGGCAUCCCCGACCCACCCUCUACUGGUCGGUGGAGGGCAACAGCUCCCUGCUGCUCCCCGGCUACCGGGACGGGCGCAUGGAGGUGACCCUCACGCCCGAGGGUCGCUCGGUGCUCUCGAUAGCUCGCUUCGCUCGCGAGGAUUCCGGCAAGGUGGUCACCUGCAAUGCUUUGAAUGCCGUGGGCAGUGUGAGCAGUCGCACGGUGGUCAGCGUGGACACGCAGUUCGAGUUGCCGCCGCCGAUUAUCGAACAGGGUCCGGUGAACCAGACUCUGCCCGUUAAAUCCAUUGUGGUGCUGCCUUGUCGAACGCUGGGAACUCCGGUGCCCCAGAUUUCGUGGUACUUAGAUGGGAUUCCCAUCGACGUGCAGGAGCACGAACGCAGGAAUCUUUCGGAGUCGGGAGCUCUGACCAUCUCGGAUCUGCAGCGGCACGAGGACGAGGGCCUCUACACCUGCGUGGCCAGCAAUCGCAACGGGAAGUCCUCGUGGAGUGGCUACCUUCGCUUGGACACCCCGACCAAUCCGAACAUAAAGUUCUUCCGGGCUGCGGAGCUCUCCACCUACCCGGGACCGCCGGGCAAACCACAAACCGUGGAGAAGGGCGAGAACUCCGUGACGCUCUCGUGGACGAGGAGCAACAAGGUGGGUGGCUCCAGCCUGGUGGGCUACGUAAUCGAGAUGUUCGGCAAGAACGAGACCGACGGCUGGGUGCCCGUGGGCAGCCGGGUGCAGAACACAACGUUUACCCAAACCGGAUUGCUGCCGGGUGUGAAUUACUUCUUCCUAAUUCGGGCCGAGAACUCGCACGGCUUAUCGCUGCCCAGUCCGAUGUCGGAACCCAUUACGGUGGGAACGAGGUACUUCAACAGUGGUCUGGACCUGAGCGAGGCUCGUGCCAGUCUGCUGUCCGGGGAUGUUGUGGAGCUGAGCAACGCCAGUGUGGUGGACUCCACCAGCAUGAAGCUCACCUGGCAGAUCAUCAACGGCAAAUACGUCGAGGGCUUCUAUGUCUAUGCGAGACAGUUGCCAAAUCCAAUAGUCAACAAUCCCUCGCCCGUGUCGGCCAACUCGAAUCCGCUGCUGGGCUCCGCAUCCGCCUCGGCAUCCGCAUCCGCAUUGAUUUCAACGAAGCCAAAUAUUGCCGCUGCCGGCAAACGUGAUGGGGAGACCAACCAGAACCAGAACGGAGGAGCAGGAGCACCGUCCUCCUCCCAGCUGAGCACCAAGUACCGCAUGCUGACGAUUCUGAAUGGAGGAGGUGCCUCAUCCUGCACCAUCACCGGUCUCGUCCAGUACACGCUGUAUGAAUUUUUCAUCGUGCCCUUCUACAAGUCCGUCGAGGGCAAGCCGUCGAAUUCGCGCAUCGCCCGCACCCUCGAAGAUGUUCCCAAUGAGGCGCCAUAUGGAAUGGAGGCUCUGCUGCUUAAUUCCUCGGCGGUGUUCCUGAAAUGGAAGGCACCGGAACUUAAGGAUCGGCAUGGCAUUCUCCUGAACUAUCACGUUAUAGUGCGAGGCAUUGACACUGCUCAUAAUUUCUCACGAAUCCUGACAAAUGUGACCAUCGAUGCUGCUUCGCCCACUUUGGUCUUGGCCAACCUCACCGAAGGCGUCAUGUACACGGUGGGCGUGGCAGCCGGAAAUAAUGCCGGAGUCGGUCCGUAUUGCGUCCCAGCCACUUUGCGUUUGGAUCCCAUCACCAAGCGGCUCGAUCCGUUCAUCAAUCAGCGCUAUCCCAUCAAUCAGGACCAUGUUAACGAUGUGCUGACACAGCCCUGGUUCAUAAUACUCCUGGGCGCCAUCCUGGCCAUCCUUAUGCUGUCCUUCGGCGCAAUGGUCUUCGUGAAGCGCAAGCACAUGAUGAUGAAGCAGUCGGCACUGAAUACCAUGCGUGGCAAUCACACGGGCGACGUGCACAAAAUGCCGAGUCUAUCGACUCGCAAUGGAAAUGGUUACUGGCUGGAUUCGGCCAACGGCGGAAUGGUGUGGCGACCCUCGCCCGGCGGCGACUCGCUCGAGAUGCAAAAGGACCACAUCGCCGACUAUGCACCGGUCUGUGGUGCCCCCGGCUCCCCGGCCGGCGGUGGUGCCGGUUCCGGUGGGUCAGGCGGUGCGGGCAGCGGUGCCAGCGGCGGCGAUGACAUUCACGGAGGACACGGCAGCGAACGCAAUCAGCAGCGGUACGUGGGCGAGUACUCCAACAUCCCGACCGACUAUGCGGAAGUGUCCAGUUUUGGGAAGGCGCCCAGCGAGUACGGGCGGCACGGCAACUCCUCCCCCGCCCCCUAUGCCACCUCCUCGAUUCUGAGCCCCCACCAGCAGCAGCUCCAGCAGCAGCAGCAGCAGCAGCAGCCGCGUUAUCAACAGCGACCAGUUCCCGGCUACGGCCUCCAGCGCCCCAUGCACCCGCACUACCAGCAGCAACAGCAGCAACAUCAGCAGCAUCAGCAGCAGCAACAUCAGCAGCAGCAGCAACACCAGCAACAUCAGCAACUGCCCCCGAGCAACAUCUAUCAGCAGAUGUCCACCACCAGCGAGAUAUAUCCGAGCAACACGGGAGCCCCGCGCUCCGUCUACUCCGAGCAGUAUUACUACCCCAAGGACAAGCAGCGGCACAUCCACAUCACCGAGAACAAGCUGAGCAACUGUCACACCUACGAGGCGGCUCCCGGGGGCAAGCAGUCCUCGCCGAUCACCGCGCAGUUCGCCAGCGUGCGGCGGCAGCAGUUGCCGCCGAACUGCAGCAUCGGAAGGGACAGUGCCCGCUUCAAGGUGCUCAACACGGACCAGGGCAAGAACCAGCAGACCCAGCAGAACCUCCUGGAUCUGGACGGAUCCUCGCUGUGCUACAACGGGCUGGCGGACUCCGGCUGCGGCGGCUCCCCCUCCCCGAUGGCCAUGCUGAUGUCGCACGAGGACGAGCACGCACUGUACCACACGGCGGACGGCGACCUGGACGACAUGGAGCGCCUCUACGUGAAGGUGGACGAGCAGCAGCCGCCGCAGCAGCAGGCGCAGCUCAUCCCGCUGGUGCCCCAGCACCCCUCGGAGGGCCACCUGCAGUCGUGGCGCAACCAGAGCACCCGGGGCAGUCGCAAGAACGGAGUUCCGGAGUCCAGCAAGGAGCCCAAUGAGCUCAUCUACGCGCCGGGCAGCGUGGCCAGCGAAAGGAGUUUGUUGAGCAACUCGGGCAGCGGCACCAGCAGCCAGCCGGCUGGCCACAAUGUCUGACCCCUGCCCGCUGGUUCCACCCUGGGCCAGCCCUCUUCCAAGUCCCAAUCGCAAUCCCAAUCCCAGAGUGAGCUGCAGUCGCAGGAGCAGCUCUACG